CAACAAUAUAGAUAUUUCUUAUUGAGAAUAAAACAUAUUGAGUAUUUUGUGAACAAUCAAAAUAUAAAACAUUUUGAAAGAUAAAUUUUCAAGGAAUAUUUUAAUAUUUAUACAUUAUAUUAUAAAAAAAUAUGCCAUCUAAACAAGAAGUUGAUGAAUUAUUGAAAAUGUUUCAUGAUAUAGAUAGAAAUAAGGACGGUUAUAUUUCAAGAACAGAAUUAUUCACGAAGGUUGGUACUAAAUCUCUAGAUCGACAGAAAGUUCACGAACUAAUUAAAUUGUUUGAUAUUAAUGGUGAUGGUUUGAUAAGUUUUGGAGAAUAUAAAUUGAUAUUGGGAUUGACAGGUCAAUCAAUCGAGGGUUGGAAACGUCUAUUUCGAAAGUUGGAUAAAGAUGGUUCAGGUACUUUGGAUUUUCAUGAGAUCUGUUCACUAUUUGGUGGUGAUAAUUCUUCUGAAGUGAGAAAAUCUGUUCGAAAUUACAUGAAACGAUAUGAUACUGAUCGAGAUGGACGACUUAAUAUUAGAGAAUUUUUAACAUUCGUUGCAGAACAAGCUGAGCAUAGUGCAGAAUAAUUAAUAAACAAAAAAUAAUUAUUUAUUAAAGCAUAACAGAAAUUAUAUUUGUACAAAAAUAUUGAUAACUUCCCCUUGAUGUAAACAAAUAAAUGAUCACUAAAAUUGAAGCUAAAAUAAGAAAUCCAUUUUAUUUUCUGGUAAA